ACACACAGAGACACACACACAGAGACACACACAGACACACACACACAGACACACAGACAGAAUGAGAAGGACGAGAAGGAGCUCUACAAGAUCCAUCUGAAGAACCGCGAGCUGGAGAACACCAAGCUGCUGACGGAGCUGCAGAUGUUGAAGGCGGUGGACGUGACCAGAGAGAACUCCAUCGCCCAGCUCACGGACGAGGUCCUCCGCCUCAAGACCGUCCUCACAGACCGGGAGCAGCAGCACCGCCAGCUCCUGGCCAACUCCAGCCCAACGGCUGAGACGAAGGCCUUGCGUGAGCAGCUGCGUCAGAAGGAGGAGCAGCUGAACGCCAGCCAGCAGCAGGCGGCCAUGUUGGGCGCGGAGCUGCGUGACGCGUCGAGCGCGCGCGACCGCAGCAUGUCGGAGCUCUACCGCGUGCGUCUGGAGGCGGAGCAGCUGCGCAGGACCCACGCAGACGUGCAGACGGAGUGCAGACGCAUGGAGCUGCAGCUGCAGCUGACGCAGGGCAGGAAGGACGCGGAGGAGCAGGAGGCAGAGGUGUGUGAGGACGGUGCGCUCCAAGAGCUCCAGAGGGAGGUGGAUGACCUGCGUCUGCGUCUGCAGAUGGCUGCUGAACAUUACAAGGAGAAGUACAAGGAGUGCCAGAGACUACAGAAGCAGGUGCUCAAGCUCUCCGAACAGCAGGGGGAGGUGAAGAGGAGUCCUGAGGCGGCCACCACUCCCCUGACCAGCAGCCCAGAGCCCUCUGUGCCAGGUGCUGGUGGGAGCGAGGCGAUGCUGGACACACUCAUCCAGAGCAGGCUGAGGGCCGUGGGCCGCGACGCCAACGACAAGAGCGACAAAUACCGCAAGAUCAAACAGAUGCUGAGUGAGGAGAAGGAGCGUAGCUGUGUGUUUGCGGAUGAGCUGACUAAGAUGGAGCAGAAAUGGAAGGAACAGCUUAAGGCCAAUGAGAACCUCCGUCUGCAGCUGGCAGCCGAGGAGGACCGCUACAGGAGCCAGGUAGCAGAGAAGGGCCGUGAGGUGAAGGACCUGAAGGUUAAACUGGCUACCCUUACCCUGGAGAAAGAGAGACUAGAGGGGGAUCUUCAGCGCAGUGCCAGUCGCGAGGAGGAAGAGGCGGAGCCUGGGGAGGAAGGGGAGGAGUCUGAGUCCGCCCCAGUGUUUCUGCAGUACCCCCUGCCCUACGAACCCUCACCACUCAUGAUCUCUGACCUGCAGUUUGGAAACCCAUACACACGAGAUGGAGCGGAUGGGGAUGAAUUCUCGGAUGAGAUGUUGCCAAGGUUACCGCCGAUGGGCCCCCCUUCAUGGGACAGUAAUGUGGUGUGCAUCCAGCCAGCACGCAACCUGACCCGACCUGACGGCCUGGAGGAGCCGGAACUGCAGCAGAGCAGUCAGCCCAGCGCUACUGAAGAACCCACCCCCCCUGAGGCUCCCAGCACCCAGAUCAAUGACACACACAUCCCCUUCUGCUUCGAGGACAGUGCUGAGCAUAAGCGGUGCCCGCUGUGUGAGGUGAUCUUCCCGCCCCACUACGAGCAGCGGCGCUUCGAGGAGCACGUGGAGAGCCACUGGAAGGUGUGUCCCAUGUGCAGUGAACACUUCCCCCUCGACGCAGACCAGCAGCUCUUCGAGAAGCACGUGCUCACACACUUCGACGGCAGCGUGCUCAACUUUGAUUAGUGUGUGUGUGUGUGUGUGUGUGUUUGUGUUUGUGUGGGGGGGGGGGGGUCAUCAGUCUGCACGUGUGAGUGAGAGAGACUCCUGCUCUGGAGAGCUUCUAGAAUGUUCCUGAGGAAGUGAUUACAUGUAGCAGAGAACGUCUGUGAAGGACAGGGUGUGUUUAUAGGGGAGUGUGUUUGUGGCGGAGAUAGUGUGUAUAGGUGUGUGUAUUUGUAGGGGAUUGUAUGUGGACCUUGUGUGUGUGUGUGUGUGUGUGUGUGUGUGUGUGUGUGUGUGUGUGUGUGUGUGUGUGUGUGUGUGUCUCUCUCUCUCUCUAUGAUGUCGUCUGAUCAGACCCCACCCACCCAAUCUAGGGAUGUCAGGCAGCCAGGGCCUUCCUGGAAACACUGAUGUUGAUUAUGUUGUUGUUAUUAUUAUUAUUAUUAUUACUACAUAUGGGACGGAGCUUUUCUUUCAGAACUUUCUUUAGAUCACCGUGACACUGAGGAACUAGAACUCUUUCGGUUUGUGUGUAACAGUCACUUAGACAUCCCUCCACUCUGAUUGGAUGUCCAUAGCCUCAUAUAUUCGUCUGCAGCCUAUCAGAGUCCAGCCUCAUAUUCUGCCAGCCAAUCAGAUGAUCAGCUCAUGCUCUUCUGCUCCAAUCAGGUAAAGGGCUUGAGCAGCCCUGGCUCUUCCUGAGAGAAUCUAUUUGAGACUAAUCUAUCUUUUAAGAACCCGCGCCGUGUGUGUGUGAGGUGUUUUACCCGCGCCCCGUGUGUGUGAGGUGUUUUACCCGCCCUGUGUGUGUGAGGUGUUUUAAGCACCCCGUGUGUGUGUGUGAGGUUAGAGGGUUUUACGCUCAUGACGGCUUUAGUUGCACAUGAUUUACUCCUCUUUGAUUUUAAUCACCUUUUGAUUUUAGCCGCAUGUUGACUUUAGGUUCCUUUACCUGUUGAGGUUCUGUAUUGAGCUAGAACCGUGUGUCCCUGCGUCUGGACUCGGAGUGUGUGUGUGUGUGUGUCUGUCUGUCCUGUAUUCAUCCUUUACUUAUACUAAUAAAGAGCUGGAAAAAUGGA